GCGAGCGGCGAGGAGAGGGGGUAGGUCGUUCGGUUGGUGAGGCGAGGCGAGACGAGACUUGGCUUUGGUGAGGGAAGAAGCGAGGAGGAAGAAGAAGCCCAGCGACCGAGCCGCUCCCUCUUUCUUUGCCGCCGCGUUUACGGAACGCUGUGGGGCUCCUUCCCCUGCUGUGAGUGGACAUACGAGGCUGAGGAAAAAGGGGGUGAUGCGUUUCCAUCUGCCGGCCAUCUCCACCAAAGCCGCUGCUUCCACCGCCGCAGCCGCUGCCUCCACCGGGGCUUAAGAGAGACGCGCUCGAGCGGAAUCUUCCGCCCUCGCCUUCUUAAGUAGCGGGUUCUAUCCCGACAUGAGCCGCGAAGGCAACUUCGCUCGUUCCUGAACAGCCGGCGACGCUCUUCCACCUGACCAGCCGACCCCACCGCUCGCCACACCGCCCACCAACCCACCCCCGGCGAAUCCGCCCGGCUGUCGGAAAUGGGGGUGAACUCGGUGCACUGGUUCCGCAAGGGGCUUCGACUCCACGACAACCCAGCGCUGAGGGAAGUCAUCGAGGGGGCCGAUACGGUGCGCUGCGUCUACAUCCUGGACCCCUGGUUCGCGGGAUCCUCCAACGUGGGAAUCAACCGGUGGAGAUUUCUCCUUCAGUGUCUUGAGGACUUGGAUGCCAACUUACGAAAACUAAACUCUCGGUUAUUUGUGAUUAGAGGACAACCUGCAGACGUAUUUCCUAGGCUUUUCAAGGAAUGGAAUAUUUCAAAACUUUCUAUUGAAUAUGACUCUGAACCAUUUGGAAAGGAGAGAGAUGCAGCAAUUAAAAAAUUGGCCACUGAAGCAGGAUUGGAAGUCAUUGUACGGAUAUCGCAUACCUUAUAUGACUUAGACAAAAUUAUAGAAUUAAAUGGAGGCCAGCCACCUCUUACUUAUAAGAGAUUCCAAACUCUAAUAAGUAGAAUGGAACCAUUGGAGAUGCCUGUAGAAACUAUCACUGAAGAAGUCAUGUCAAAAUGUACCACCCCAGUUUCUGAUGAUCAUGAUGAAAAAUAUGGAGUUCCAUCACUUGAAGAACUAGGUUUUGAUACAGAUGGAUUGCCUUCCGCCGUUUGGCCAGGAGGAGAAACAGAAGCACUCACGAGACUGGAAAGACAUUUGGAAAGAAAGGCUUGGGUUGCAAACUUUGAACGACCUCGAAUGAAUGCGAAUUCCCUUCUUGCAAGUCCAACAGGACUUAGUCCUUAUCUACGUUUUGGCUGUUUAUCUUGCCGUCUAUUUUACUUCAAAUUAACAGAUUUGUACAAAAAGGUGAAGAAGAACAGCUCUCCUCCUCUUUCCCUGUAUGGACAAUUGUUGUGGCGUGAAUUCUUCUACACAGCAGCAACUAAUAAUCCACGAUUUGAUAAAAUGGAAGGCAAUCCCAUAUGCGUGCAGAUUCCUUGGGACAAAAAUCCGGAGGCUUUGGCCAAGUGGGCAGAGGGUCACACAGGAUUCCCUUGGAUUGAUGCUAUUAUGACCCAGCUGCGUCAGGAAGGCUGGAUUCAUCAUCUUGCCAGACAUGCUGUGGCAUGCUUCUUAACUCGAGGUGAUCUGUGGAUUAGCUGGGAGGAAGGAAUGAAGGUAUUUGAAGAAUUGCUUCUUGAUGCAGACUGGAGUGUGAAUGCAGGCAGUUGGAUGUGGCUCUCUUGUAGUUCAUUUUUCCAGCAAUUUUUCCACUGUUACUGUCCUGUGGGUUUUGGCAGGAGAACUGAUCCUAACGGGGACUACAUCAGACGGUAUCUACCUAUACUCAGAGGUUUUCCUGCAAAGUAUAUAUAUGAUCCUUGGAAUGCCCCUGAGGGAGUGCAGAAAGCUGCAAAAUGUAUAAUAGGAAUAAAUUACCCCAAGCCAAUGGUAAAUCAUGCUGAGGCGAGUCGAUUGAAUAUUGAAAGGAUGAAACAAAUCUACCAACAAUUAUCCCGAUACAGAGGAUUGGGCCUCCUUGCUUCAGUGCCUUCUAAUGGAAACGGAAACGGAAAUGGAAACGGAAAUGGUGGCCUAAUGAGAUAUUCUUCAAGUGAAAAUCUUCCUGGUUGUAUUGGUACAAGUGGUACUCAAAUGGGAAUCAGUGAAGGACAUACAGGGAAUGUUCAAUCAUGCACCCUUGGAGAGACUCAUAAAGGAACAAGUGGAAUUCACCAGCAAGGUUACCCUCAAGGGAACAGCGGAAUUUUACAUUAUGUUCACGGGGACAGUAAAAAAAAACACUUAGUGCAACAAGGAAGAAUAUCACUUAGUGUUGGAGUGUGCUCUGGGAAGCGGCCAAAUCCAGAAGAAGGAAUUCAAAGUAUUGGUCCAAAAGUCCAGAGACAGAGCAGUAAUUAAUGGGAUAAAACUGAGUUGUGAAGAAAAUGAUUGAUAAACUACAUUCUAAUCUCACAAAGAGGAAACUAAGCGUGCCUGCUGCAUUUUUUGGGAGCAUAACUUUCUUGGAAGAAGUGGACCAAACACCAUUGCAUCUAAAAUCCUAUUUGGCAGUGGCCAAGAACUCCCUGUCAUUAAUUUCAUACUUCGAGCAGUCAUAAUCUUAUCUCGAGUGUGACUUGUACUGUCAUUUAAUUACAUCUAGUUUCUAUUUUUCCAUUAAAUUGUGAAUUAAUGUGGUUUUGUUUCUUUGAAUUUGCUGAGAGAGAAAAAUAUUUACUUGAAACCCACUAGUCAUUUGCGUAUCAUCUUGAGUAAUGGGCAGUAUUUAUUUUUUCUUGAAAUUAUUUGUUAAUUUUUAUGCAUCCCAAUUUAUUUUUAUAGUGGGAAGUUUUAAAAAAAUUAUUUCAUCUGUUGUCAUUUUCUAUAGAUGACACUUUUCCCUAAGCUUUUAUAGCCUGAGCAGUUUAAUAUUUUUCCAUUUUAUAUUCAUGUUUUUUUCCUUUUUCUUAAGAUAGACUAUGUAGAUGCAUUCAGGGUAAUGUAUACGUAGCACAUGGAUUUAUCUAUGUCACUUGGAAUAUUUUUCUCUUAGGACUUUUAAAUUCUUAAAUUGCUUCUCAUAUGCAUGAGCAGCAGACUUACCAAUUGGUUAAUAAUAAUUAGCCAUGCAUAUUUCCAAACAUAUUUUGCUCAGAAAAAACUUAGGCUACCCUUUACUUCUUGAAGCUUGGGAGGGCAUGUGAUUCCUAAAGCAUUUUGAACUAAAGCAUCUUAGAAAAGAUGAAGAGCUUCAUCUUUCUCUUUUGAAUAAAUGUCAAGAAAAAAGGAAAUAUUUAUUGUUGAGUUUUUUUACCACCUGGCACACUAUUUUCUAGGUCCUCGGCAUGGUGCAGGUGCAAGUUAUACCUUGACGCCCACUAAGCAUACUACCUAAUUUUUAAAAAAAAAUUAAGGGUGGCGGGGGUGGGGAGUGGCGGAAGAGAAGCUAGCAUGUUGCAGAACAUCACCUUCAAGCAUAAUUUCUUGUCUGUGCUUGAUAUACAAAGGCAUUUUUCACCAAUAAAACAACAGAUUGCUACACUGCAUUGCUUUUGUUACUUCUUGAUAUAUGGAUAUUUUCUGAUUAUCAUACCUACAAUUGUAACUAAUUGGUCAGAAUGCCUGUGAAUGAGGCAUUCCCUCUACUCUACAAAUGUCACUGCCUUUGCAGUAAAAGGCUGGACUAAGAAGAGAGGACCUGAAAAUAGAUUCUGUCAAUUCUGGACCUUUCCUCCAUCCCUUGCUGACCCAUUUCCAGCUGCACCUGUGCCAUCAGCUGCAGACUGCAUGCUACAGUUCUUGGAAGCCUGCCUCCCUACCCUUGUUCCAGUUCUGCAAUCACCCCAUACAGCAAUUCCCCUAUAGCUUCCACCUUCCCCUGAGGAACUGCCGCUGAGUCUCCUGCCUCGCUCAGAUAUAGAGAGCGCUGUACCUUGCUGUCCUGCUUCCUCCUCCCCAGGUGGACCUGCUUGGGCCUGGCAAGCAAAUGAAGUUCCACCAUCCUGCCGACCUCACUGCAUACAUCCAGGGCUAUACCCUUGCCUUGUGUCUGGGUCUUAGCCACCAAGAAGGAGAUGGCAAAGGUCAGCUCUGAGCGGGGGUGGGGGGGUGGGAUAGGAGGGAUAUGUGAUAGAAUGCAGGGUACCCAAAAGAGCAUAGAUGGGAGGGAGGGAGGUGGGUGGGACAGUUAAAGUGCCCUUGCAGUUGCGUGCAAGAGAAUCUAAAUUUUGAUAUUGUGACUUGGGGAGGGGGACACUGCAAAAGCCAUACUUUCAGGUACAGGUCUUACCUCUGUUCAGUGCUGUCAUAACUUUGAACGGUCACUGAAUGAAUUGUAAAUUGAGCAUUACCUGUGAUGUACCAUGAACCAAAUAUAAGUUAAUAUAUCGUCAGAUUUCACUGAUUAUUGCUUCUACAAAUUCAGGUUCUUUCUCAUUUACUCCCCCAUUAUCCAGUCAAAAGCACCCACUUAUCCAUUGCUAUUUUGGGUUGUUUUUUUUAUUACUGUAGAUGUGUUUAAUCUUUGGUUUCUGUAUUUGAAAUAUAGUAUUUGCAUUUUUAAACCAAAAAGGUUGAUCUUUUGGUUAGUGCAAACUUACAGAUCUUAAAGUUUAGUUAUGGAAAAUAUUUUGAUUCAGCAUUGCAUGAAGCCACUAAAUUUUAAGUUGAAAGUUCAAGUAGUAUAGUUUGUUAUAAGAAUUCCUUUUUUUAAAACAGUUUUUUCCUAUUUAUAACUGAUAAGUUUAUUUCCAAUUUUUUCCUGUGCUCAGCUUUCAUAGCAAAUAUUCAGCUGCAAUUUUAUUCACAUUUACCUAUAUGUAAAUGCAGUUAAACUCAUUGUGGGUUUAUAUAUAGAUGUACAUAGAACCAUGAUAUUUUUUAACUCCUUUUCAUUCUUGUCUUUGUUUCUAUUUAACAUUCUGUUGACAUGUUAACUGCUUACUGAAAUCCCUGUAUCUAUUUUCUAUGCCUGUUUUCUCCUUUUUGUCUUCCACUUCCCCCUUGCUCCUAGCCAUCUUUGGAUCUCUCAUUGUUAAAGACAGUAUGUUUUAGAGUCUUGUAGCACCUUACAAGCCACUUUUACCAUCUGCCAGUCAGGUAUUCCAAAGAGAGUUUCUAUUUUUAGUUAAAAGUAUAUAAGUACAUUUUGCUAACUACUAGAUAACUUUCAGAUUCAAAAGCAUAGCAACUAGUUCAGUGCUAAUUAGCAAAAUAUAUUAAAAGGUUUCUUAAAUUAUUUUUUAAUGGAUUGAUUGAUUUUUGUCUUACAACAUUGCUAAAAGGGAAGGAUCCACACUCUUAAGUUUCAGUUUUUUGUGAGAGUGCUUGUAUUAAAAUAUGCAUUUUCAUACAUUUAUUUUCACGCAAUUUGAAUGGUUCUAAACUAGUAUGAAUUUUUGGAUUAUAAGGUUUCUAACUGACAUUUCUAUGGUUUUUAAAAUUUUAAAUGAUGUUCACCAAGGGAAAAAAAAUAGAGGUUUGUAAAUAAAACAGUUGAUAAUUAGUUUAGUUGCAGUGUAAAUACAAGCAUCCAUGAUUAGUGAUACUCAUCUAUUUUUGAUAUUUCAUGUAUGGCUUUCAUAGAUUCCAUGGCUGGAUAGAAAAUAGAAAAUGUUUGAACUACAAUGUUGAUCCUCUUUAUAUUUUUUAAAAACUUGGAACAGAAUUUUUGACUACUUCAUGCUCCAGGCUCUCACUUUUCAAAUGUCUUAUUUCCCAGUGUAUAAAAUAUACUAAAGAUUUUACUUUUUGAAAACUAUCUGUAUAUAAAACCCUUUAUGCUGAUAUUUUUGUUAAAGUACAAAAUUGUCAUGAAAUAUAUUCCAUCGUUGUGUUUCCCACUGCCUUUGUGAAAUCAGUGAGGAUGCUCUGAUUAAUAAAAAUGCGUAUAU